AUGGAUCUGCUUCCAUCCUCAACAUCAGCAUCCUCAACAUCCUCAUGGACAUUCAUGAAUCGGUUCGUCGAAGCAGAUCGUUCAGUCCUUCCAUCCUCCUCCUCCUCCUUGAAGAUGAAAACCAUGAACGAGGAUCAUGAUGAAUGGUCACCCCUUUCAGCAGCAUUGAGAAAGAAUCAGUAUAACAACAAUAAAGAGGACUACUCGGAGAAGAGUCAUGAUACUUUCAAGAUGAGUUCUUCCAUCCAUCAUUCUCAGGAGGAUGAAUUAAUAACAGAACCAACCCACUUACUUUCCUCCUCCUCGACUCGUUUCCUCCAAAGUAAUCUUGAUCAUCAUCACAACCAUCAUCAUCAUCACCUCCAUCAUCAUCAUCAUCGAUCGACACCACAUCGUCUCCGACGUACAUUUUGGUUCCUCUUCUUUUGGUUGUGUGCCUUAAUGACACAUUUCAUCAUGUCCACCAAUGAGGUUCUUUCUCGAUAUCUGGUUCACUAUGGAGGAAAACAAAUGGCCAUUCAACCCUAUACCUUGUUGUGUUUAUCCAACUUGGGAGCUCUCCUUCUGUAUACUCCUCGAAUGCUUUACAAAUAUGGUCGAAUGAGUGUCAUUGAAAAAGUCAAGUCGAAUAUUCGACAAGCAGGAGGAUUUGGAAAGUUAUUAUAUCGCCAUCGAAAGGUAAUCGGAAUGAUGUGUUUGUAUCAAAUCUCGAUUGUGCUUGGUUCGAGUUUGAGAGGUUUUGCCACUUUUUUUACAUCCUCCACUUAUGUGCAAUUGAUCUUGCUGACUAGUCCUUUCAUUAUUUGUUUUAUGGGAAUUGUUGUGUUCAAAACUGAAAGGUUUUCAUGGUUGGAUUUGUGGACCUUAAUCUUUACAGUGACUGGUGCUGUCAUGAUCAUUUUGGCAAGUGCCACUCGAGUCACAGAAGAUGCGAACGGAAAUCCAGUUGAAUUUCAAUGGAAAUGGUGGCCAGAUUUCUCUCAAAUUGGACGUGGAUUUCAAUGGCCCAAUGAUUUCAUUGGUAUGAUCUUUUCAUUGCUUUCAAGUUUCUUCUUUUCCAUGAAAUUGAAUGCUGUCAACAAAUUGGCUCCUUCCAAAACAGGUGAAGAAAAGAAUUCCAUCGCUUUGAACCAUUCUUCUACUAGGGCAACAACGGAAGAGGCAGUUGUCUCCGGUUCUUCUGAGGAUAGCCAUUCAAUUGCAGCCAACGCUUCUUCUCAAAGUCCUUCCUUCAGAGAAAGAGUCUUCAUGAUUGAAACUCAAUCGAGUAUGGCCCUCGUGAUGAACCACGCAAAAACUACCAAGGGAGAAUUGUCUCAUGUUGAUGUUGAUGAAUAUGACGACUCUGAUUCAGCAGAAGAUCCUCACAGCAUGGAAAUCCAGAGUUCAAGAGAAGCUUUCAAUGAGGAAUCAACGUCACUCUCUUCGAAGAGAACCUCCAUGCAAGAACCCUUACUCAGUGCUCGAGAGAGAUCCGAAUGGCAUCGAUGGGAUGGCAGCAUGGAAGAUGCAGAAACUCCUCACGAUGGAGAGCUGCAGCAAGAGGCAUCUUCCAUCAUGAUCACCAGAACUCCAACAGAAGAGAAUGAUGAUGGGAAUGAUGCACCUGAAAUCUCUCCCGAAGAUUUGUUCUACAUUCAAAAGUAUUUACUUGUCUUGUGGCCCCUCAUACCCAUGUUCAUGUAUCAAGAUUGGACAGUCUUUACACGAUACGACACAAUUCGGUGGCUCAUGUUCAUUUGGUUCAUGGUGAUGAAUCGUUUGGUAGCCGCCGUGUUGGAAUUGUGGAGUGCCAAAGAGAUUGGAAGUUCGAAUUAUUCCAUCAUGUUUCCCAUUCGUAUUGUGAUUGGUUUGAUUCUCUCAUCCGUCGUGUUGGGAGAAUGGAUUGAUAAUUUGGUUUCCAUUUUGGGAUGUGUGAUUGUGGUGGCAGCCAUUACGGCUUUUUCCAUAAAGAAACAUGCAAGCAGCAACCAGUAG